AUGUCAGCUUUGGUUCAACCAGGGAACGUGAAUUCUAUAAGUAAAGCAGCCCCCGCUACAAAGCUGAAGCCCUAUUCUUCUCCUGACUCGUCUCUUUCCGCCUUUGCUCAGUUGGGCGCAUUGCGACUCGAAGUGCAACGAUCCACAAUCUCGCUUUUUGGUCGUUAUGAGGAGCAUAUCCUAACCAAAGCAACCAGAACCCUUAGUUUGCGGGAUGAUAGCGACCACAACAUUCAAGAUAAGCUUUGGGUGGGGACUUAUAUAAUAUCCUAUGAACGCAGCCUCUGCGCAGCGAUUGUGAGCAUCACAUCGUCAUCCACGAAUACCCUCCCCUAUUCAGUUAUUAUAAUCCCCGACCUGAUACAAAGUGAGCUUUAUGAAAAUCACCCAGAUAUCACCGGCUACCCCAAUUUUCGCUUUAUUGCUUCCGCUCCGAUCGUCAGCCCAAAGGGAAUCGUGAUUGGUGCCUACAUCAUCCUCGACGAUAAACCUCGACACUCCAUUGGUCACGAUUAUCAGAAGUUCCUGAUAAAUAUGGCAGCGACUGUGGGUGCUGAAAACGAUGGACGGGAUAUCGCGCCAGUGGAUGGCGUCGAAGGAUAUAUCAACACCCAACAACAGGACAAGCAGCAUUCCGAAGAGAUGGCCUCAGUAAAAACACAAAGGGAUCGUUAUAGCAAUCUACCUUUUCGCCUAGAUCAAUCCCAUGCCUCGCCGGGACUAAGAGCGAAUGAUUCUUAA